CCCCUCUGUCUCCAUAAUGUGCAAAGAAGGCAACUCAUCAUCCUGCCUAGUGAUGCCAAAAUAUAAGCUUGAGAAGAUACUAACAAUGGAAAAGAAGCAUGACUAUGGCUUACACUUCACUUUUCUCACCCAAUCUCACUUAUGUCUCCUCUACCAGACCAACUAGACCUGCAAUUCCUUUCAAUUCUUUCAGUCCUUUUACUCCUUUUCAAUAUAGCAAGAGGUGUAGAGAAUCAUCUAUCCCAUCAGUGGCUUCAAUCCCAUUUCAGCCAAUUAAUGUAGACUACUUACAAGAAGAGUUCAGUGGCCAUGGUGUCACCUUUGAAGGCCUCGGUGACAGCUGCGUCGCCAAAAUGGUGAUGGAGAGUGGGAACACGGUCACACUUAUGCUCCCAAGUGGUUUGAUAACAUCUUACAAGGCUUGUAUGUGGCAUGGAGGCGUAGUUGAGCUACUGCAUACAUCGGUCUCCGAGGGAGAGAAUGGUGAGGCUGUCAUAGAAGGAGGUGUGUCCUUAGCCUUCAGUUUUGCAGGAGACAAGGAAGAUAUUUGGUCUCCAAGUAAUUGGGUUCUCAAGGAUAUUAGAGGGGAUUCUCAAGAGUCUAUUCAGGUUGAACUAAUUAGUACUGAUACAGAGCGUUUGGUUGAUUUAAGACACAUUGUGACACUAGAAGAAGAUAUAUUAAGAUCAGAGCUUGUGGUAUCAAACACAAACUCUUCAUCAAUCCGGAUGGCAGGGUCUCUUAUAAGCCAUCUGACAGUGAGCACACCAGAAGCAACUUAUGCAGUUGGAUUACUACAAUCGGAUUUUUGUGGCAGCCCACCAUUUUUAUCAGAUUUCAGUAUAGUUCCUCCGGACUUUGGCCCGGAAAAUGGAUUUGAUUCUGACCAAACAUGGAGUGACAUGGUUAUGAAAGGACUUUUCACUGGCCGGGGUGCAAGAAAUCAAAACAAUGCUGGUAAAGCUAAGAGCCGCAGAAUAGAAACUGAAGAGGAAAUGGAGGAAGAGAAACAUACUUAUAAGCAGUUGAACGAGGAAAUGAGCAGAAUCUACACGACUGCGCCUCGGCUCUUCACAGUCCUUGACAGGGGCAGAAGAAACUCUGUUAUGGUUGGAAGGGAUGGAUUUGAAGAACUAUACAUGUUCAGUCCAGGCUCAAGCCAUGAAUUCUACAGCAAGUAUACCUAUAUUUGUGUAGGGCAAUCAGCUAUGCUUACACCAAUAAUCCUGAAACCUGGGGAAGUCUGGAGAGGGGGGCAGCGAUUGUGUAACCCAAAUACCUGAAACCUUGGUGUCGCAUUCGCAGGAAAUAGCAUCAGGGAAAAGGUUGAUGUUUGAAAGAAAAAUAGAGAAUUAAGAAUGUUAUUGUAGCUAUAUGAGGCAUUUAAUACUAAACUACUUAUAAAUCAAGAAAAUAUGCAGGUAAGCAGUAUCUAAACUUACAAUACUCACAA